CCACAUACAACGUCCGCCGACUUUUCGCGGACAACGCUUCUAAAGGGGCCUCUGCCAUGGAACAUAAGCUCAGGUGGUGUCAGGUGAUGCUGGUGGCAGCAGGGCCUGAGGCGGAGCUGAAGGGCCUGGAGUCUUUGGGCCAAAGUGCCGGGGAGCCGGGGCCGCUGGCAGAGGAUGGGCGCCUCCAGCUGGCGGCGUCUGGGCUUUGCAUAUGGGACAACUCAGAAGCAGUCCUUUUCUCCUCCGUGGCGCUGGUGGCGCCCUUCCUGCGCCGCAGCUUCCGCCCGAAGCCAUCGCCGCGGGAGCUCGUUGACCCGGAGCUUGUGGCGAGCACCGAGUUUUUUGCCGUCUUCCCCGGGAACGAGCCAGCCGUGGAGGCCUCGCUUUGCGCCUGCGUUCCGCUGCCAAAGAUGCAGCAGUCGCUGGACGCGUUGCAGGCCAUUCUGGGCGCAAAGACGCCCAGCGAAUCGGAGUGGGGGCCGCCGCGCAUAGGAAGCCUGGGGAUCGCACUGCUGCGAUGCCGGGUGCCGGAGACGCUGGAGGGCCAAGUGCUGCAGCCGGUUGCCAGUGCCCGGCGAGGCCAGCGCCUGCGGGUCCUGAGCUCCGCCUUCGGCCUGCUGAAGGCCUCAAUCUUCCUGGGCGCAGAGACGACGGCCAUGGUGGCGGCAGUGGAUGAGGCCUCGGGCCUCCUACUGCUGGACACACGCUCGCUGCCUGGCGCUGAGGGCGCCGUUGCCCUGGAGGCGGGCCAGCCCUGCGCGCUGCUGGCGCCUCCGCUGCGCGCAGAAGAGCAAGCGGUGGGAGGUGGGGGGUCCCGCUGGGCGCUGUGCCCUGCAGUGCCUGUCCGAGGCGUGCUUCGGGCAGUGCAGGGGAGCUUUGCCAGCAGCUGCCUGCCGCAGAGUCUCCAGGCAGGGGCGCUCCGGCCAGGGGUCCCGAGCCUGCUGGAUGUGCCCGGCAUUGCCACACUGCAGCUGCAGCAGGGCCCCGUGUGCUGCGUGGCGUUCUCGCCCCGUCUUCUGCUUUUCGGCGGCGCGGCUCUGCCUUUCAACCAGUGGCUGCCCUGCUCCGGCGCUUCCGCCGGCGCCGCCGGCUCCGGCGCCGUACGUUGCCUGCGGGAGCUGAGCAGCGUGGGGCUGGUACUCGCCGAGCUGCAGGGCUUUCAGGCUGAAGCUGUGAGGUGGGGAGGUGCUGACGACUUGCAGGAGGGAGCGGACGUGCUCGUGGUGGAUUUACCAGGCCGCCAAGCGGCCUGCGGGGUGCUGCAGAGAUGCCUCGGGGCAAGGCACCAGCCACAGGCUCCGCCAGGAUUGGAGUGCGCCGUGCCGUGGCCAGGCGUUGACCAAGCCAGCCUCUUUCUGGAUGCCAGGACCUACGCCUUGCUGGGCCUUGGUCUCCGAAAGGAACAGCGGCAGGGUGUUCUGCCGCUCCGGUACAGUGGGGUGUCAGUGUUCCAACUGGCGGGACUGAGAGACCUGCUUGAAGGUCGCGGUGGCGAGGACGAGUGCGUGUGCUGGCUCGAGAGUUUCGACAAGCGCUGGGCGGGGUUCCCCCUGGAAAGGCUGGAGGCUCGGCCUUUGGCAGCCCUGUGAAGUGCGAGCGAG